AUGGCAAAACUCGUUCAUAUUUUCAUUGUGGCUGUGAUUUGCAUUUUAGGAGCCAUCGUUGCAGUUAGCGCUGAUUUAGAUAGAAAUCAGGCUGUAGCUGUUCUUAAGGCUAAAGCCGACGAAUGUAAAAAGGAAGUGAAUGCAAAGGAUUCCGAUGUAGAAGAAUUAGCCACCAGAAAACCAGCAUCCACCAAAGAAGGCAAAUGUUUGAGAGCCUGUCUAAUGAAGAAGUUCGAAGUGAUGGAUGAAAAUGGCAAAUUUGUAGCCGAUGUUGCUGAAAAACAUGCCGCCAAAAUUACAGAUGGUUCAGCCGAACGCAUGAAAAUGGCACGUGAAAUCAUUGAUGCUUGUGCCAAUAUUGAAGUGUCAUCGGAUCACUGCGAAGCUGCUGAAACUUAUGGCAAAUGUUUUAAGGAUCAAGCCGCCGCCCAUGGUAUCAAUGAAAAUUACGAAUUUUAA